AUGGAUCAGAGUAAACAUUUGUCACAUGUCCUAAACGAGCUUCCUGAAUGGGAAUAUGAUUCUCAAAUGCAUGCUUUAUUUUGUGAAUAUGACGGCGAUGAGAGUGAAGAAUUUAUGCUAGAAUUUUGGAAACGGGCAAUCGAUAAGGUCUUUAACAACUAUAUCCAAUCAUUACGAUCAACAAUAGAUGAGCUUACUCCCCUUUAAAUUAGACAAAAAAUACUGUUCCAAUUUAAAGCAGGAUUUUUUUAGAAAACAUUUAUAUUAAAUUUUUCUCUAUAAAAACAUUAUAAAUAUUAAAAAAAUAUAAAUUGAACGUAGCGUUUUUUAAUUUAAAAUAUAAGAAUUAAUCCAAAAAUUAAUCGAUUAAGUAUGAAAACUUUUUAAAUAGUAUUCGAGUUGCACUUUUUGCAUUAAUUAGUCAAAAAUAAUUUUUUAUAACAAAAUAGUAUUUUCACAAAAAAAAUUUUCUUCCAAUUUAGAGGGGUUAAAGUGCCCAAUAAAAUGGAAAUUUUGCCGAUAUUUUAUUCCAAUUUAGCGAGGAGUUAGAGUUCUAUUUGACAGAAAAGGCAGAAAACCAUUAGGUCUUAGUGCAAUUUGCAAAGCACUUGAGCAGAGAGGAGACUUGAUUGAUAUAGAUACCAUCAGAGUAAAAGUCCAAGAAAAAAAUGAUAAAGAGCUAUCAUGGGGUUCUUGGAUAGGUAAAAAGCUCCUUGGAGGCUUAGGUGCAAAGCCACAGCCUACGAAUAUAUUUGUGUGCAGAAGCAAAAUGCAAAAAAUAUCAAGAGAUCUUAUCAAAUGAGCUAGAAAUAGCAAAAGAACAAUAUAUAAGCUCACUGAAAUUUCUGAUUAUCUUCAGGAGUUUUUCCACAUUCAUGAUGAAGAAGAUGUAAAAUUAAUCCUAGACUAUCUCUAUAUAGAAGCCCUAGCUUACAGUACUAACUCCCCCCCCCAUCCUCGAUCGAACGAUUGACUGUAAAAAUUCCUAAAAAUUGGGGAAAUUAACCCCCAUCCUUGAUCGAACGAUUUUCAUAUCAUGCAAAUUUUUAUAUAUAUAAAAAUAUAAUAGUUAUCAAAAGCUUGGGAAGAUGUACCUAAUGAAGUUGUUUUCAGAGACUUUGAGACGAUAGAAAGCUGUGAAAUCAACCAUUCAAAGUAAUUUAGUUAUCAGCAUGGGCUUUAAAAACUCAAUAAUCUAAUAAAAUAGAGAGAUUUUUAAAUUUUUAAAAACAAAUUUUAAUUUAAUAAGUAACAAUUAAAAUCUAUACAGUUUAAAGGGUUCCUUCACACGACGACUAUUUCAUAACGACUAUUUUUUUUUGGCCUAUUUUUUUUUGGCCUAUUUUUUUUUGGCCUAUUUUUUUGGCCUAUUUUUUUUAGCCUAUUUUUUUUUACCUAGCCUCAUUCAUGAAGCUGCUGAGAGGGGUAGAACCUUAUUGAGAAACAGAGAGAUUUUUUUCUUACGCGAUUAUAUUGAGUAAAUUAAGUAACAAACUCCUAAUUAAAUCUAAAAUUUUCGAAUUUAAAAACAAUGAAUUAGUAUUCAUGGAGUACGAAAUCUGUUAAGGGUGCAUUUUUUGUUGGUUAAAUCGUUUAAAACACAUUAAAAAUUAUAUUAAAACAAUUAGUAUGGAAUUAUGCAAAAUAUUAGUAAAAAAUAGUUAAAAAAUUGUCAAAAAAUAGGCCAAAAAAAAAUAGGCCAAAAAAAAAUAGGCCAAAAAAAAAUAGGCCAAAAAAAAAAUAGGCCAAAAAAAAAUAGGCAAAAAAAAAUAGGCCAAAAAAAAAAUAGGCCAAAAAAAAAUAGGCCAAAAAAAAAAUAGGCCAAAAAAAAAUAGGCCAAAAAAAAAUAGGCCAAAAAAAAUAGGUGAAAAAAAAAAAUAGGCCAAAAAAAAAUAGGCCAAAAAAAAAUAGCCCAAAAAAAAAUAGGCCAAAAAAAAAGAGGUAAAAAAAAAUAUAGGUGAAAAAAAAAUAGGCCAAAAAAAAAUAGGCCAAAAAAAAAUAGGCCAAAAAAAAAUAUGCCAAAAAAAAAUAGGCCAAAAAAAAAUAGGCCAAAAAAAAAUAGGCCAAAAAAAAAUAGUCGUUAUGAAAUAGUCGUCGUGUGAAGAUACGGUUUUAAAGGGGUAACUAAUAAAUUAAAAUAUAAAAAAUUGGUAUUUUUUAUGAAAUUAAUUCAAUUUUUUUUGCUGUAAAAAUAAUUAUUAAAUACUCUUGACACUCUUAUUUAAAAAUAAAUAAAAAAAAAUUUAUAUAUAUAAAUUUAUUAGAAAUAGAUGAAACUAUGGAAAUCUUAAAAGGAAAAUAGAGGAAAAAUUCUGAAAACUUGAAAGUAAGAAAACCCUAGAAUCAUGCACGCUUUUAAGUUUUAACUUAAAUAAUAAUAAUAAUAAUAUAUAAAAUUUUUUUCCCAAAAAAAUUUUUUUUUAACCCCCAUCCUUGAUCGAACGAUGGCGAGUCGUUCGAUCAAGGAUGGGGGGGGAGUAAAGUUCCAGUAUGUGGGAAAAUGAGCGACAUAGUAAAAGUCAAGAUCAAUGAAGACGAUGAGCUAAAAAUAAAAGAAAAGGAUACUGCGUGCCUAGCAUUAUCUGAAAUUAUCCAAGAGAUUGACUCAAAAGUGUCUAAACUUGAAUUGAAUAAAGAAAAAAUGAACGAAAUGGUUUUAGCCAAAAUCAGAAAAGGAGAUAAGCUUGGAGCUAAGCCUUAUUUGAUAAGGAAGAAAAUGAUAGAGAAGAAAAUCGAAGAACUCCAUAGCAAUAGAAAUAACUGUGAGCAGCAAUUAUUCAGCAUAGAAACGAGCCAAGAUACAGUUGCAAUAUAUCAUGCUAUGAGAGAAGCUACUAUUACUCAAGAAAAUCAAAGAUUAAAUAUAAAUGAAGUCGAAGAUUUAAUGGAAAAAAACAAAGAUUUAUAUGAUGAGCAGAGAGAAGUUUCUAAUGCACUAUCAGCAACGAAUCCUGUAGAGCAACAAGAGUUAUUAGAUGAACUUGAGAAGCUAGACGCGAUAGAAUUACAAAUCGAAACACCACCAACGACCAAGCUUCCUUUGAAAAAUAUAGUAAGAGAGAGAGUAGAAGAAGAAGAAGAAAAGGUACCUCAAAGAAAGAGCAAUAUUGAUAUGAUUUUAGAAUAA